GAUGAAAAUCGAUUGAAUUUUCAACCAAAUCGACAACAAUCGAAUAACCAAAUCAAUAAUCAUCGACAUAAUCAACAUAUUGAUGAUGAUCUUGAUGAAAAUUUCACGUUGGUUGAUUUGCAAAGAUCUCGUCAUGAUGAUGAUCAUCAACAUCAACAGCCAACAAAUCAUCAUAUUGCUGGCCAUAAUGAUGAUAUUCGAAAUGAUCUCCAUUCGGUCGGACAGAUUAAUCAAAAUCUUUUAGGCCGUAGCGUAAAUGGUGAAAAUAAUCAUGCUCAAUCCGUAUCGGUAGUGGCUUCGACAUCAUCGAAAGCACGAAUACCAGAAUUGGAUUUUGUUUUUAAAAAUCAAAAUAUUGAUAAACAUCGAAAUACAAAUAAUAAUAAUGAUAAUGAUCAAAAACAACAACAAUUAGACAACCAUCGUAAUAAUAAUCGAUUAUUGAUUGAUGAAAUUCUUCAAUUGGCCAAUGCAUUCAAUAAUAAGAAUGAUAAUAAUGAUGAUGAUGGUAAAUUUGAUGAUGUUAUAACCGCAAUUGUUGAUGAAAAUGGUGCCAUUCAUCUGGCCGGUAAUAAUAAUAAUAAUAAUGAUGAUUCAGCAGCAGAAUUAUUUCGAUUAUUAUCAUCAACUGAAACAACAACAAUGAAAAAUCAAUUAUUCGAUUCACCUGGUUUAGCUGCAUCGAAUCGUAAUUCUGCAUCACAACAAUUAUUAUUAUCGAAAAAUUCAUCAAAUAAUAAUAGCCCGAAUAACCGAUUAUCAGCUGAUGGAGAUAAAUUUAAAUAUCAAACUAGUCAUCAUCAUCAAGCUGAAAUCGAUGAUCAAUCAAAUCCUAUUAAUAUUGAUUUUGAUCGUAUUGAACCGGGUGCUAUUUUGGUUUAUAAUAAAACAAAAUUAAUUGUUGUUCCUGAAACAAAAUUUUCCAAUCAAUUUCCAAAUCAAACAUUGAAUAUAGCGAAAAAUUCUUCAUCAAAUGAUCAAAUGCUAUUGCCGAAUUAUAUAACGAUACCGGAUCACCAUGAUGAUCAUGAUGAUAAACCAAGACAGCUAAUAACAAGAACCGAUAAAGAAUCAUCAUCAUCAUCAGUGAAUAAUAAAUCACAGGCAAAUAUUUAUUCAACAAUUUCUUCAAUAAAUAUUGGUGAUAAUGUUAAUGUUAAUGAUGAUAUUGUUGAUGAUAUUAAUAUUAUGGUUAAUCAUCUACCUAAUUCGGAUAUGAUUUUAACUGAUUUUCAACGUAUCGGUACUAAUCGAAAUGAUACUGAUGUUUAUAGAAAAAGUAAAAUUCCUGAAUAUCGUCAAUCAUCUCGUUCGAAUUCAACUGCUACAACAACAUCAAAUCGUUCAUCACAUGCUAGACAUCUUGGUAGUCAUCAUCGUGGUGUAAAUAAAUCUUCAAUACCGACAACAACAACAGCGACAACAACGGGAACAACGACAACAAAUUCAACAAGAACAGUAAAAAAUCUUCAAAUACCAUCACGACCAGUACCGGUUUAUAAAACACCUGAACCAUUUUCCAAUGCUAUUAAAUGUAGUGAACAAUUAUGUAAAUUACCUGAUUGUUUUUGUGGUGGAACCGAAAUUCCAGGUGAAUUAUCAGUAAAAGAUGUACCACAACUUGUUCUAAUUAGUUUUGAUGAUGCUGUUAAUGAUAUAAAUUGGCAUAUAUAUGAAGAAUUAUUAAAUUCUGGUCGUAGUAAUCCAAAUGGUUGUCCAAUUAAAGCAACAUUUUAUGUAUCACAUGAAUGGACUGAUUAUUCACAAGUACAAACAUUAUAUUCACGUGGACAUGAAAUUGCAUCACAUUCAAUAACUCAUAGUUUUGGUGAAAGUUAUACCAGUCAACAAUGGCAUAAUGAAAUUGUUGGUCAACGUGAAAUUCUACAUCUUUAUGGUGGUGUUAAUAAAGCAGAUAUUCGUGGAAUGCGUGCACCUUUUUUACAAGGUGGUGGUAAUAAACAAUUUGAAAUGUUACAUGAAGAAAAUUUUACAUAUGAUUCAUCGAUGCCAGUGUUUGAAAAUUCACCACCAUUUUGGCCAUAUACAUUAGAUUAUACAAUUAAUCAUGAAUGUAUGAUUGCACCAUGUCCAACCAAAUCAUUUCCAGGUAUACAAAUUAUUGAUUUUUUAAACCAUUUCAAACAGAAAAAAACAUUUCAUUUUCUCGAUUUUUUUUUAAUAUUAGGUUUAUGGGAAAUUGGUUUAGUUAUGUGGCAAGAUUUACGUGGUGGUCGUUGUUCAAUGGGUGAUGCAUGUUCAAAUCCAUCUGAUGAAAAUGGUGUUUAUGAUUUAAUAAUGAAAAAUUUUAAAAGACAUUAUAAUUCAAAUCGUGCACCAUUUGGUCUUUAUUAUCAUUCAGCAUGGUUUAAUUCUGAACAUCAUCGUCAAGGUUUUUUAAGGGUUAUUGAUGAUCUUCUUACAUAUUAUAAAGAUGUAUAUUUUGUUACAAAAUGGGAAUUAAUACAAUGGAUACGUAAUCCAACUGCAUUAAAAGAAUUAUAUCGUGUAAAUUUAUUUAGUUGUGCACGUGAUCCAAAUCGACCACCACCAUGUCUUCAUCCGAAUAUUUGUAAUGUUGGUGCAAAUUCUGGUGUUCGGUUUUUGAAAACAUGUCAACCAUGUCCAAAACGUUAUCCUUGGCUUGAUGAUAACGGACAAUGAUAAUCAUCAUCAUUUUUUUUCGACAAUCAUUCAUUCAUUCUAUAGGACAUUUGUUUAUACAUAUAAAAAACACUUAAAACAAUGUGAUGACAAUUCUAUUAUUAACAC